CGAACAUCAAUUUUUUCGAAUAAAAAUCAUUCGUUUAUUCGAUACUUUUUUCUGUGUACCUGCUUUAUAAUUACUUUGUUUAAUUUUCUUUCUUUAUAACUUUGAAGGUGAUUACGUGACUAUAUUAAAAAUUGUAUUUUGCGAAUUAUUGAAGCAGAUAUCUCAUCGUAUUCAAGAAAUGGCGGAUAAUAUUCACGAAGCUCUAAAUGCAGUAUCUUGGUUAGCCGGCCGGUGGUCUACGAAAGAAGGUCGUGGUUACUACCCCAAUGUACCUGAAUUUCAAUACCACGAUGACUUGGAGUUUAUUUGCAUCGGUCAACCAAUGUUCAACUUCACAUCAGUAUCAAGACAUCCCGAGAAGAAUACACCGAUGCACCAAGAGCGUGGCUACCUACGCAUCAAACCUGGAACUAAUGAACUGGCAUUUGUGGUCAGUCACAAUUUUGGUCUCACGUCUCUCGAAGAAGGCAUAGUAGAUAUUGACAAGAAGGAAAUUGUUUUGGAGACAGUCAACAUUACAAGAAUGUCAUUCGCCAAACCGCCCGAAGUAAAGAAAUUCAAAAGAUUCAUUAAAUUAAUAGAACCCGAUACAUUGGAAAUAACAUUGCAUAUGGAAACUGCAAAUAAUCCACUUGCAGAGCAUUUGAAGGCUGUUUAUAAGAAAGUUGAUUAAAACGUCAUGUUAUAUCUUGAGUUGGAUAUAGCUAUUGUAAUAAAAUCUUUGUCCCCAAGGUUGGGGUACAUCUUAUGUUUCACAACUCAGACUUUUCGCAUAGGCCUCCUACAACUCUCUCCAUUGAGCUCUGUCCUAUAUAUGAUAUAGUCAUUAUGUGAAUGUAAAUAUAUAAAAUAUUUACAAUAAUAAGGGUUUAGUAGUUGAUUUCUACAGCUUACAAUGUGUGAACUACAAAAUUUUGUUUGCUAUGGUACUCAGGGAACGCCUUCAUAGUGUAACCAUGUCUAAAGGUCAAUAUAAAAUGUCGAAUUUGUCAGUGGUUUAAUUUUGUAUUGGGAGAAAUUCUAAACUAUUUGAAUAGGAUUAAAAAAUGUAAAAAUAUGCUCUAAAUUGUUUUUUCGUAAUCACUUCAUCGUCUGGAAAGUGUAAUGUUGUCGUAAUAAAAAAUAUUGAUUUAAAAAUAUUUCUACUAAUCCAUUGGGAGUAUAAAAAGUAAUGAUAGGACCACUAACAUUUCUGCUGUGUUUUUCGAUACUAAAGUGUUGGGAAACGCAAGAAAGAAUCAAGGAGUCAAAUGUAGUCCUUAAAGUAUGGAUAUUAGGUUUUUUGUAGAUUUGUACAAGAAUUAUGUGAUUUGUCGCCAUUGUGUUGUCGAUUUUACUUUUUGUUAUUGAGAGAAUUUGUAAUCUUACUCGUUUUCGAUAUAAUAGGAUUAAAAAAAGUAAAAAAUAUGUAUAUUCUUUCUUAAUAGUCGAGAAAGUAUAGAAUAUAGUAUCAAUAAAAAAUAAAUUCAAGAAUGUUUCUACUAACCUAUUGGAUGUUUAAAGUAAUGGUAGGACCACUAACAUUUCUGCUGUUUUUUCGAUACUAGUGUUGGGAAACGGAAGAAAGGAUCAAGGAGUCAAAUGUAGUCCUUAACAUAUGGAUAUUAGGUUGUUUGUAGAUUUCUACAAGAAUUGUGUGAUUUAUCGCUAUUGUGUUGUUGAUUUUACUUUUUGUUAUUGAGAAAAUUUUUAAUCUUAUUCAUAUUCGAUAUAAUAGGAUUUAGAAAAAUAAAGAAUAGAUUCUAUCGUCUUUCUUCAUAGUCAAGUUCCAUACAUAGUCUGGAAAGCAUAAAUAAUAUAGUAAUAAUAAAAAACCAAUUGAGGAACGUUUCUACUAAUCCAUUGGCAGAUUAGAGAGUUAAGGUAGGAUCAUUAACAUUUUUGCUGUGUUUUUGGACACUGAAGUGUACGUACUUAUUCUUGUUGUUCUUGAUUUUACUUCUCUUAGUAAUGGUGACACCAUUAUGUUGUCCAUUUUACUUUUUGUCAUUCGAGAGAAUUUGUAAUCUUAUUUGUAUUCGAUACAAUAGGACUUAAAAAUAUAAAAAAAUAUAUUCUACCGUCUUUCUUCAUAGUCAAUACUUAGUCUGGAAAGUAUAAUUAAUAUAGUAAUAAUAAAAAACCAAAUCUAAAACGUUUCUACUAAUCCAUUGGAAGUUUAGAGAGUUGUGAUAGGACCACUAAUAUUUUGCUGUGUUUUUCGAUAUUAUA